AUGUCUUCCACCACCAUGAAGGCUGUUCAUUAUGAGAAGCCCUUCCAAGUCAGCGUUCGAGAAGUGCCCCUGCCAAAGAUCGAACAUCCAGACGAUGCAAUCAUUAAAGUAACUACAGCUGCAAUUUGCGGCUCAGACCUGCACAUGUACCAAGGACGAACAGCUGCAGAGGCAGGCCUUAUCUUCGGACAUGAGAAUAUGGGUAUCAUCUCAGAGGUUGGUAGCGGUGUAACGCUACUGAGGAAGGGUGAUAGGGUGGUCCUGCCCUUUAAUGUCGCUGACGGCCGCUGCUUGAAUUGUGAAGAGGGUAAUACCGCAUUCUGUACCGGUGUCAACCCUGGUUUCGCUGGAGGAGCUUAUGGGUAUGUUGCAAUGGGCCCUUAUGCUGGAGGUCAGGCACAAUACCUACGCAUCCCCUUCGCCGACUUCAAUGCCCUCCCUCUCCCUCCAGGCACUGCGCACGAAGCCUCGUUCGCUCUUCUCGCGGACAUUUUUCCAACGGGUUGGCAUGGUAUUACACUCUCAAAUUUUAAGCCCGGAGAAGCGAUCGCGGUCUUCGGUGCGGGGCCGGUGGGCUUGAUGGCGGCCUACAGCGCCUUUCUUCGGGGUGCUUCCAGAAUCUACGUCGUUGACAAGGUUCCAGAGCGCCUUGCUGCCGCAAAGAAAAUACCUGGUUGCACACCUGUUGACUUCAGCGCGGGUGAGGAUGCGGUGGAUGUGAUUAUAAGGAAGAAUGACGGGAAGAUGGUGGAUAGAUCAAUAGACGCGGUGGGAUAUCAGGCUGUAGGUUCUGGGAAAGAGGCAGGAGAGGUCCCGAAUGUAGUGCUUGAGCAAUGCAUCAAAGUAACGAGGCCGACUGGAGGCAUAGGUGUACCAGGGCUGUACGUGCCUAGUGAUCCAGGGGCGGUGGAUGAGAAGAGUUCUCAAGGAAUGAUGUUAAUGAGUUUUGGCAAGUUGUUCGAGAAGGGCCUUACAAUUGGCACCGGUCAAUGCAACGUCAAGAAAUACAAUCGAUAUUUGCGCGAUAUGAUCAUCUCUGGGCGAGCAGACCCAAGCUUCGUUGUUUCGCACGAGAUCGGCAUUGAUGAGGCUCCCAAGGCUUACGAGAAGUUUGACAAGAGAGUUGAAGGCUACACGAAGGUCCUGAUACAUCCAAACGGACCUCUUUAG